AUGGACAACGAGUCUCAGUAUUCCGGGUACUCCUACAAGUCCGGGCAUUCCCGCAGCUCCCGGAAGCACAGGUGAGUCUGCCGGCAGGCUGCACCCUUGGGCCUCCCGCUUUGAGCCAGGGGGAGCAGUUGGUUUAAACCAGGGUUUCCCAAAAUUGGGCCUCCAGUUGUUGUUGUACUACAACUCCCAUCAUCGCUAGCUGGCAGGACCAGUGGUCAGGGAUGAUGGGAAUUGUAGUCCAAAACCAGCUGGAGACCCAAGUUUGGGAAACCAUGGUUUAAAUUGUUGCAGUGAGCUCUCAUGUGGGGCUGCCCUGGGAGACUGCAUUAAUGUACAAAGCUCUGAGUAACUUGGGUUCAGGGGGUUCCCUUGUCUCUGCCCACCUUGUGUCUAGGAAGAGGAGCAUGAAGUACUCUUGCACACAGCUCUGUUCUUCGUACACUCUGCCUUAUUAUUAUUAUUAUUAUUAUUAAAUUUAAUUUUAAAACAAGUCAUAAUAAUAAACUCCAAACAAAUUUAAAAGUUAUAAUACAAAUUUGUUCAUUGCUGCAAUGUUACAAAACGAUGACAAUAAGCUUUAGUUACACAUUACUGUAUCGAAUCCACUGUGCACCUCAAUUUUCAAAACCUUGAAACCAAAAGCAGCAUCAAAUCUAAUGCACACCCUAGUUUUUGUGAGUGAAUUUGAUCAAGAAAGAUGCACGUUACACUCAAGUAAAUAAGAACUGGAAAUGUUUAAUGAGCAAACAUGACAAUAGGGCUGGGCAGUAUAUUGAUAUAUUGUCCAAAACCGGUUUGAAGCUCAUAUUGUGACCGGUUUUACAGUUUUUGACCUGGCAAUAUAUUGCGAAACAUUGUGUGUGUGCAUGUGUGAGCUCAGUGGGUUAAGGGCCUGAUUCUGUUCAAGGCACCUUCCUGCGGGUCCAACAGCUGCAGAACUGUGGGGCUGUGUCUGUAGGCGACUGCGAAGACAAGAUGGAGGACUUGGUGGGCUGUAGCUGCCCUGAGGUGCUGAGCAGGACAGUGUCCUAUUUCCUUCCAUGGUUCUCAGCGUGCAUCUCUUCCUCCCCUCUGCCCAUUGCAGAGAUCGACGGGAGCGGCACCGUUCCAAGAGUCGAGAUGGGAGUCGAGGGGACAAGUCGGUGACCAUCCAGGCCCCUGGGGAGCCCCUGCUGGACAACGAGUCAACUCGAGGCGACGAGAGGGUGAGUGGCUUGUGGCCAAGUAAAGAGGGAAGCCCCCCUGCGAGGGCCAGUGGCCACCACCUCCUGCCCGCCUUUUCCUGGCUGGCUUUCCCAACCAGCUAACACCCAAACAGCGAGUGAUUUAUUCUGAGGUUGGGCUGGGCAAAUGUUCCAGGGAACUUCCAUGUGCUUUGUUCAGUAAAGGAGAGAAGCAGCGGCAGACAAACCUGCACGUCAGCCUGGAUAGCUCAGUUGGUUUGAGCAUGGUGCUGAUAACGCCAAGGUUGCUAGUUCGAUCCCUGUAUGGGACAGCUGCAUAUUCCUGCAUUGCAGGGAGUCGAGCUAGAUCAGGGGUCAGCAACCUUUUUCAGCCAUGGGUCGGUCCACCGUCCGGACCUCAGACCAUGUGGUGGGCCAGACUAUAUUUUGAGAGGGGGGGGGAUAAACAAAUUCCUAUGCCCCACAAAUAACCCAGAGAUGCAUUUUAAAUAAAAGGACACAUUCUACUCAUGUAAAAACACGCUGAUUCCCGGACUGCCCGUGGGCUGGAUUGAGAAGGCGAUUGGGCCGCAUCCGGCCCCCGGGCCUUAGUUUGCCUACUCCUGAGCUAGAUGAUCCUCAGGGUCCCUUCCAACUCUAGAAUUCUGUGGAGCUCUGUAUUUGGCGAGUCUCCUAAUUGGAUACAGGUUUCCUGCCCAAAGUGACUUGCAGGCAGGGAAAUUCUAUGUGCCAUGCUGCUGGUGGAUCCUAUAAACAAAUGGAAAUGUUCUUUAUGUAGUCAGUCAUUUAUUUAUUAUGGCAGUUGGAUAUGGGCCAUAUUCUUGUGCUUAUAAACUGAAAGACAAAAGAAGGGGAAGUGCUGGGGAAGACUUCGAGGAAGGAGAUCGGUUUGACAGUGCCAGGAUGAGGAGUCCCUCCCCCCAUUUGCCACCCAUGGAUGAGGGCAGUGCAUUGGGGCCACUGUUCUAGUUUAGCCCUAGUAUCAAUAAGAUACUUUCGUCAUGCUCCAACUGAAGUUAAAAGCACCUGUUAGCAAGAAAUGUAUCAAAAAGCCCUUGGCAAUAGGCUUAUCGGGGAUCAAAAAUAUUAGGACAGAGGUGCACAUGAAACACUUAAUACAGAGAUAGUCCCAUCUGGCCCAGCCAAAAUGAUCAAGGGGCUGGAGCGAUGCUCCUAAGAGGCAAGGUUUUGCAGCAUCCGGAACUUUAGAGGAAGUGUGAGUAAGGGGUGACACGAAAGAACUUUAUGAAAUUAUGCACGGCAUGAAGAAGAUGCAUAAAGAAAAGUUUUUCUCCUUCUCUCAUACAGUGGUGCCUCGCAAGACGAAAUUAAUUCGUUCCGCGAGUUUUGUCGUCUUGCGAUUUUUUUCGUCUUGCGAAGCACGGUGUCGGGAAAGUUUUGGAAAAGCUUCAAAAAUCACCAAAGUCUUUAAAAACCUCAAAAAAAGGCUACCACACCGCAUUCUAUGAGUUGCUCCUCGAAGUCAAGUCGCAACUGUAUUAACGGUGUUAAGAAAAGGAAACAAACUUGCAAGACGUUUCCGUCUUGCGAAGCAAGCCCAUAGCGAAAAUCGUCUUGCGAAGCAGCUCAAAAAACAAAAAACCCUUUCGUCUAGCGAGUUUUUUGUCUUGCGAGGCAUUCGUCUUGCGAGGUACCACUGUACUAGAACUCUGGGACAUCCCACAAAGUGGAAUGUUGGAAGGUUCAGGGCAGACAGAACCUUCACGUGGUGCAUAAACUAUUCAACUCACUCUCACGGGAGGCAGGGCUGAAAGAGGGAUGGACAAAUCUGUGGAUGUUAAGGCUAUCAACGGCUACUGGCCACUUUGGCUCUGCUCUGUUUGCCUCCAUGGUCAGAGGAAGCAAAUGCUUCUGAAUCCCAGUUGCUGGAAAACUGCAGGCAUGAAGAGUUGCUCUUUUUGCUCAGGUCCCAUUUGCAGGUUUCCCAUUCAGGCAUCUGGUUGGCCCCUGUGAGAACAGGACGAUGGACUAGAUGAGUUAUUGACCUGAUCCUGCAGGCUCUUACAGGUGUGUGACUAGACAAGGGAGGAGCAGCACCCGUCUGCUGAAGUACACAUGAAGAAGCUUUCAGGCAGAGUCAGUCCACCUGGCCUGUUCCUCUCUGCCAUUACUGGCACCUAUUUGUAGCAGAGGGAGGCCAUGCUCAGCACCCCAAGACUUGACCCUUCUUGGUGCAAGAAGGUGUCCUACCAUGUGGUGUCUGCCUGCUCCCUCACCUGCCCCUGCUUGGCCCUUUCCCUUCUUUUGCAGGACGACAACUGGGGAGAGACCACCACAGUGGUGACGGGCACGUCUGAGCACAGCAUCUCCCACGAUGACAUCACGCGCAUCACCAAGGACAUGGAGGACAGCGCCCACCUGGACUGCUCCCGCCACCUGGGUGUCUCGCUGGGCGGGGCCCUGGCCCUCCUCUCCUUCCUCACGCCCUUGGCCUUCAUGCUGCUGCCCCAGCUGCUGUGGGGGGAGCGGCUGGAGCCUUGUGGGACGCCUUGCGAGGGGCUCUUCAUCUCGGUGGCCUUCAAGCUCCUCAUCCUCCUGCUGGGCAGCUGGGCCCUCUUCUUCCGCCGCCCCAAGGCCUUCUUCCCGCGGAUCUUCGUCUUCCGCGCUCUCCUCAUGGUGCUCGUCUUCCUCCUGGUCGUCUCCUACUGGCUCUUCUACGGCGUCCGGAUCUUGGACUCUCACGACACCAACUACCAGGGCAUUGUCCAGUAUGCCGUCUCCCUGGUGGAUGCCCUUCUCUUCGUCCACUACCUGGCCGUGGUUCUCCUCGAGCUGCGGCAGCUCCAGCCCCAUUUCACCCUCAAGGUUGUCCGCUCCACCGACGGGGCGAGCCGGUUUUAUAACGUCGGCCACCUCAGGUGAGGAAGGGCUGCAGUGGAGGGUGCACAGUUGGCGGUACAGCUUGUUCUGAUCAUGAUGAUGAUGACAACGACCUGCCCUUUGCCAGCACGUCCUAGGACGGGUUACAACAAUUUAAAUUUUUUUUUAAAAGGUUCAGACACGUUACAUUCACAAGAGUAGAGUGCAGCAUGAAAACACACAUCUUGGGGUGCUGAAGGCCAGGACUGAUUUGUUUGAUUGACUUCAGUAAGAUUUUUUUUAAAAAAAAUACAUCUCCCAUCUGACAGGCAAACAACUAUUUGUUGUUGACAUCCCCUUUCCAGGGGAGUUUUUAAUGGCUGAUUGUGCUUUAAAUACUUUGUUCGGAACCGCCCAGAGCAGCUCUGGGGCAACCCAGCCAGAUGGGUGGCAUAUAAAUAAUGAAAUCAUUGCUAUUGUUGUAUUAUUAAAAUGAAUGAAAUAAGUAACAGGCUGCGGGCACUGGAGAUUCCAUUAAUCAACCAGUCAAUCAAUUAUGCUUCCCUUCAUCUGAGGACCCCCUUUUCUUUCUCUGCCUCCUUGCAGCAUCCAGCGAGUUGCUGUGUGGAUCCUGGAGAACUACUACCACGACUUCCCGGUCUACAACCCGGCCCUCCUCAACCUCCCAAAGUCUGUUCUCUCCAAGAAGAUGUCUGGCUUCAAGGUGUACUCCCUUGGCGAGGGUGAGCGAUCCUGGCUCUCUGAAUCAUAACACCGUAGACUUGGAAAGGGACCCUGAGGCUCAUCUAGUCCGGUGUUUCCCAACGUUGUGUCUUCAGCUGUUUUUGGACUACAACUCCCAUCAUCUUUAACUAGCAAGAUCAGUGGUCAGGGAUGAUGGGAAUUGUAGUCUGAAAACAGCUGGAGAAUCAAGUUUGGGAAACACUGAGCUGGUCCAGCCCCUUGCAAUGCAGGAGUGUGCAGCUUUCCCAUAUGGGGACUGAAUCUGCCACCUGGGCAUUAUCAGCACGGUGCUCUAACCAGCUGAGCUAGGUGUACAUGUGAAGCUGCUGCUGCCACGCCGCUGUUCUCAUCCUGAAGCAAAGUUCUUAACCUGAAGCACUAUUUCUGGGUUAGCGGAGUCUGUAACCUGAAGCAUAUGUAACCUGAGGUACCACUGAAUUAUGUGAGGUGGGGGUUACCUGCCCCCCCAUAUUUUAUUCAAGUUGGUACCCCAGCUGAGCAUGCAGUGGCUGCUCUUCCAUUGAAUUAUGCUCCCUCCUCUGGUCCCCCCCGCCAUCCUGCACAGGCCUGCCUCUUCACUGCUGUUUCCUCUCUCCUCUUUGGCCACAUUCACACCAUACAUUUAAAGCACUAUGAUACAACUUUCAACUGUCAUGGCUUCCCCCAAAGAAUCCUGGGAGCUGUAGUUUGUUAAGAUUACUGAGAGUUAUUAGGAGCCACCCCCCACCCCCAUUACUGUCCCAGAGUAAUAUUUCCCAAAGUUUCCUGGAAAAAGAAGAAUGAUUGUUAAGCCACUCCGGGAAUUGUAGGAGGGGAAUUGGGAUCUCCUAACAAACUCUCAGCGCUCUAUGUGUGAUUGCAAAAGGUGGUGGCCAGAAUUUCAAGCCUUCUUGAUUCCCUUCUCUGUUCCCGUCCUCCAGAAAACACAACCAACAACUCAACAAGCCAGUCGCGGGCUGUCAUUGCUGCAGCGGCACGACGGAGGGACAACAGCCACAAUGAGUAUUACUACGAGGAGGCUGAGCAUGAGCGCAGGGUGCGCAAGAGACGCGCAAGGUAUGCACAAAAGGGGGUGGCUGUGUGUUCCUGUUCGUCCCACAGCAGAGAAGGAACUGAGCUUGGCUUGCCAAGUCCUUACAGUUGACAUUAUGCACUGUAAAUUCCUCGAGGCAGAGUUGUGAAAUUUAUGGAAAUUCUGGGAAAUCGUGCAGUGCUGACUUCCCUAGCGAACCUAAACUUGUUUCAUCGGUUUAACAACUUAAAAUGCAUUCGUUUUAUACAGUAAUGGCUUGUGAAAUUGUGUUGUUUUUGCACAUUUAUGAAGUUCACACUGCAACCUUUCCUUCCUUCUGCAAACGUUCUGAUACCUUUUGCUCCUUUUCCUUCCCUCCACUCCCUCCUCUCCCCUCGCUGUGGCUUUGAGAGGAGAGCAUGCGAUGGGUUCCGCAGUCCAUGGCUUACUAUAUCACAGGACCCCUCUUGUCCCGACAGGCUGGUGGUGGCUGUGGAGGAGGCCUUCACUCAUAUCAAACGGCUCCAGGAGGAGGACCAGAAAAACCCGCGGGAGAUCAUGGACCCGCGAGAGGCGGCGCAGGCCAUCUUUGCCUCCAUGGCCCGGGCCAUGCAGAAGUACCUGAGGACCACGAAGCAGCAGCCGUACCACACGAUGGAGAGCAUCCUGCAGCACCUGGAGUUCUGCAUCACACACGACAUGACGCCUAAGGUAGCAAAGGGAGAUCAGAGGGCCAGCCGAGAUAAAUGGCUGCCCUGUUAAUGUUAUAUAGGAUUCUUCUACAGAAACUGCAUCGUAUCCCCUAAAUUAUAUGUGGGGCAGACCUACUGAAAUUAAUGGGCCCAAGAGAGUCAUGCCCAUUAAUUUUAAUGGCCCUUGAUUAGGAUUAAUAAUGGUGUGCAACCUAGAAUAUUUGGGUGUGGGUAUGUGUCCGAGAGGGACGUGGGUGACAUUGUGGGUUAAACCACAGAGCCUAGGACUUGCCGAUCAGAAGGUUGGCGGUUCGAAUCCUGUGACGGGGUGAGCUCCCGUUGCUCAGUCCCUGCUCCUGCCAACCUAGCAGUUCGAAAGCACAUCAAAGUGCAAGUAGAUAAAUAGAUACCACUCCAGUGGGAAGGUAAACGGCGUUUCCGUGCGCUGCUCUGGUUCACCAGAAGCGGCUUAGUCAUCCUGGCCACAUGACCCGGAAGCUGUACUCUGGCUCCCUCGGCCAAUAAAGCGAGAUGAGCGCCGCAACCCCAGAGUCGGUCACGACUGGACCUAAUGGUCAGGGGUCUCUUUACCUUUACCUAUGUGUCCAAGAGUCACUGUUGUUGCUAUGCCAUUUUGGCAUAGUUAAGUAGAGCUCUUCUGGAUCAUAACAAGGCUUGGACCUGGUCCGUUGUCCUGACGGCAGCAGCCCAUCCCAUAGUUGCAUAUCCCCAUCAGCCAGCAUUCAGAGAUAGACUGCCUCUGAACUUGAAGGUUCAAAUUUAGCUCUUAAAAAAAUGGCUUUUCUUCUGUUUAAAUAAUAACACUCAGCAAUUUUCCAAAGUGACCUUCAACACUGAGGAAACCCAGACCCUAGCCAUUCAGACUUUAAAGCCCAAGAGCAGAGGCAACCUCCCCCAACUUAUGGGGCCUUCAAAUGUCUGUUUGGACUCUUAUCUCUCAUCAUCCCUGAUCACUGGCUGUUGCUGGCUGGGACAGAUGGCUUAGGGAAAGGCUGGGUUUAUCUUUUGAUUUUUAGUCUUCGUUAAUUAAUGUGGUAGCCACCUUUUUGAAGUAUAACAGAACGGUGGGAUAUAAAUAUUUUUAGUCAUUCCAGGCUUUUGUGUAUGUGUGCGGAACCUGACUUCAGGUGUCUGAGCUAUAGAGGAGCCAAAAGCGCUUUGCCCUCAUUCAGAUGGCCUGCCUAACAGGGGUGUUGUCAUGGGGCCAAGUCUCAGUGAGGGCAGUAGCUCCCUGCUUGCCCUAGCACUACCACCAUUCAAAUAUAUGGUAAAGGGGCAAUAAACAGGUUCCCAAAUGCUUGUUUGGUCUAUAAGUCUGAAAGUGCUAAAGAUACCUGCUCCAGAGACUGUUGGGUUAAAAAAACACAAAAACACACCAAUAGCGCCCCCUAGCAGCGUGAAGCAUGUUUGCAAAUACUGUUAAAGUUGGCCUACGCUGCUUCUUGGUGACUCUCCCCAGCUUUUGUAGCCUGCAAACAAGCGCUAAGCUCUUUCAAGCAGGAUUUUAGUUUUUGCCAUGUGUUAGGCAGUGCAGUUGAAUUGGAGUUGGAGGGUGGGGGUUACAUAUUUCAACUUCAAGUAAAGCUUCAUUCAUUGGAUAUUGGAUUGUAGGAUAUUGCCCUUACAUUCAGAGCCAGAUUACAGAUUCCUUGACACGAUAGAAGUCUAUUAAUGACAUGAUGGAAGUUUGCAAAAUUAUGCAGGGCAUAUAAAGAGAGGACAGAGGAAACAUAUUUCUCCCCUCUCUUGCAACACAUGUGGACCCUCAGUGAAGCUGAAGAUAGUAGUAAUAAUAAUAAUUUUAUUAUUUAUACCCUGCUCAUCUGGCUGGGUUUCCCCAGCCGCUCUGGGCAGCUUCCAGCACAUGUAAAAACAUAACGUCAAACGUUUUAAAAGUACUUAUUCAUGGAGUGCACAGUUAAACUGUGGAACUCUCUCCCACAAGAGGCAGUGGUGGCCACCAACUUCAAUGGCUUUAAAAGAGGGUUGGACAAGAUUCAUGGAGGGAGAGGGCUAUCGAUGGCUAUGAGCCAUGAUGGCUGUGCUUUGCCUCCACGGUUGGAGGCAGCAAUGCUGCUGGAUUCUGGUUGCUGGAAACCAGAGUGCUGUUGUGCUCGGAUCCUGCUCGGGGGCUUCUGUUUGGCCACUGGGAUAACAGGAUCUGGACUCGGCGGGCCAUUGGCCGGAUCCAGCUGGGCUCUUCCUCUGUUCUUAAGACUUGUCCUUUCGCUCUUUUCUGCCUGCAGGCCUUCCUCGAGCGAUACCUGACGGCUGGACCCACCAUCCAGUACCACAAGGACCGCUGGCUGGCUAAGCAGUGGACUCUCGUCAGCGAGGAGCCAGUGACCAACGGCUUGAAGGACGGCGUGGUCUUUGUCCUGAAGCGCCAGGACUUCAGUCUGGUGGUGAGCACGAAAAAGAUCCCCUUCUUCAAGCUCUCGGAGGAGUUUGUGGACCCCAAGUCACACAAGUUUGUGAUGCGGCUUCAGUCGGAGACCUCCGUGUGA